AUGAAGCCGGAAAUCGCAGAAUACAAGCAGAUGGACACCACAGAUGAAUCCGAUGUCGAAUCUGUCGAUGAAACCGAAAGUACAAAGCUGAAUGGAAACGGAGUAUCAGUUGAGGAGGCACCUAUUGAGACCCUAAAGAAACAGCAGAAGCAAUUGAUCAAUGGGGCGACAACAGGUGAUUUAAAGUGCGAAAUCAAAGAGUAUGAGGCCAGAUACUCUCUUAAUGGCACCAGACAAGUCAAGGAGAAGGGACAGAAAGAAGAUGCGGAUGACGAGAAAUCUCAAUAUGCCGUGCGUGCCUACAAGUACUACAGCAGAGAUGGCAAGAUCGAAGAGAUGAGAGUUGAAAUACACUCGCCGUCCAUACAAGACGCCCUUCGCAACGUUGUCAAACGUUAUCCUACGCAAAACUUCGAUGGCCCCGUCAUUCAUCUCAAUGGUUGGACAGUGGCAGAGACUAUGGGCUGCUUAUAUCAUCACAGGAACAGUUUAAAAAAAUACGCCAAGAACCACGAAAACUUGGCAGCUAAGAUGCAUAUCCUCACGCUGAUCACAUAUACUGAACGGGAGUUUCGGCGAGCGAUUCAUAGAUACGAAUCCUCUGUCACAUACUCCAAAACACCCAGUAUAGGAUUUGAUGACGUGUGGAUGGUCUUCAAGCCCGGGGAGCUUGCGUUCUACGAUGCCGCACGCAAGACAGAAUCCAUCCUCGAAAUACACAAAGCCAGUUUUAUUCCCGGAGACUGUCGCCGGUGGGAGAUUACCGCUAAAGUCUUUGCUCACGAUGGGGUCAACUUUGGCUAUCAUCACCGCAAAUUCGAUAUCAAGAAUUAUGAAGGCACCAUAGAGAUUGCCAAACUACUACUCUAUCCUCUCAAAUUCUACAAGGGCGAUGUUGAGCAACUGCGACAAAGGAUGAUAACUAGAGGAAGAAAGUUUCAAUCACUUGUUGGAGUUCAGUACCGAGCUUAUGCUGGGCUGGCUUGGGCCGUGGAAUAUGAGCGGGUUGCUACUUCAUGGGGUGGAUUGAGGCACGAAUACCCCCAGGAAGCGAUCAUGGUAGGUCGUCCUUGA